CCGGGAAGCCUGGAGUAGUAGUCAAACCUCUGCUAGAAACCUUAGCUGUGAUUGACAGCUGGGUUGCGGGGGCCUUGCCUGUCUCUAUUGACAGGAAUUAUGAGGAUUUGUCAAAGCCUAAUGGACAUGGAAAUGCCAGAUUAUGCUGAGUCCCUCGACUCCUCGUAUACCAUGCUAGAAUUCGAAAACCUGAGGGUGCUGCCCACAAACUCAUCAGAUGUCCUUGUAUCAGAGACAAGCAACAAUGGCUUACUUGCAAAUGGGAUUAACGCGUUGUGUUCCAUCUGUGGGGACCGUGCAACUGGGAAGCAUUAUGGGGCGUCCAGCUGCGAUGGCUGCAAAGGGUUCUUCCGAAGGAGCGUCCGAAAGAAUCACAUGUAUUCAUGCAGGUUCAGCCGACAGUGCGUGAUCGACAAGGAUAAGAGAAACCAGUGUCGAUAUUGCCGUCUGAAAAAAUGCUUCCGAGCAGGAAUGAAAAAGGAAGCUGUGCAGAAUGAACGCGACAGGAUCAGCGUCCGGCGAAGCAGUUAUGAAGACAAUGGGGCUUUGUCCAUCACCAUCCUGACCCAAGCAGAAACAAUGGCACAGCAGUACUCAGCUCUUCGUCCUGUGCACAGCGCAGAUAUUGCCAUGAAGAAAAUUGCAACGAUCAAUGACGUGUGUGAAUCCAUGAAACAGCAGCUUUUAGUUCUUGUGGAGUGGGCAAAAUGCAUCCCUGUGUUCUGUGAGCUUCCUUUGGAUGAUCAGGUUGCCUUGCUAAGAGCCCAUGCGGGAGAGCACCUAUUGCUGGGAGUUGCAAAGCGCUCCAUUCCAUAUACAAAUUUUCUCUUAUUAGGCAAUGACUUCAUCAUCCCCAUGCAAUGCCCAGAACUUGAAAUUGCCCGAGUGGCGAUUCGGAUCCUGGACGAGCUGGUGAAGCCCUUGCGGGAGAUUCAGAUUGAUGAGAAUGAAUAUGCCUGUCUUAAAGCCAUUGUCUUUUUUGAUCCAGAUUGCAAAGGGCUGAGUGAUCCUGGGAAAGUGAAGAAUAUGCGCUUCCAGGUACAGGUGAACUUGGAGGAUUACAUCAACGACCGGCAGUAUGACUCGCGGGGAAGAUUCAGUGACAUUCUGCUGCUGCUCCCUCCACUGCAGAGCAUCACUUGGCAGAUGAUAGAGCAAGUGCAGUUCAUCAAACUCUUUGGCAUGGCCAGGAUUGACAGCUUGCUGCAGGAAAUGCUCCUUGGAGGAACAACAAUGGAUAUUCCACAAUACCAGCCGGGUCCUUCCAGCCAUAAUAUGGAGCCUCUUCCAGGUCACAUUGUGCUUCCCAGCACUAUUGGCUCGGUCAUUCACACCAUUUCAGUCUCUUCUCCAGAAACAUCGCUCCCUUCUCCUUCCACCAGUACAGGAAGUGAAGAUUACAAACUGGGCCCUGCCCUUGGAUCUGAAAUACCAAUGCUUUUGCCGCAGGUGGUUAUCCCCAAACAAGAGAUCCUCUAGGAAACCAGCUAUUAUUUUCAGUCGCUGCUUUCCAAAUUCAACCAGCCUUGUUCCCACAGUGGCGGCCAACACUGCUAGGUUUCUGCCCCACAAAGUGGCAUCCUUCCCUGAUUACAUGCCGACUUCACUAUCAAUUGCAUUGAUUCUGGGUUUUCUUGACUAUAAAAUGCAUGGCAAGGGUCUUUGUUAACCAUUAGAUUAAGGGCCAUGCUUUUCUGCUAAUGGAGACUACCCAGAAGGUACACAGACGUGUUUUAAGUACCCUGGUCACUGCUCUUCCGUUUUGUUCGUUGUUCAUGCAACCCAGGCUCUGCCCGUAUAGGGAUGAAGCUCAGAGGACUCAGCCAGCAGACACAGACACAUGAGCCAUAACUAGAAACAAAGAUGUAGGAUGCGGCUGAGUGAUUUACACAAAGGGCAUUUCUCGGCAAGAGAUCCUGCAGCCCUUGGAUGAGACUGAACCUCAAGGGCCACGGUGGUGUGGCAGUCAUGAGGAACUAACGACAAGCCACGUACUAAAGUGGACACAACAGUAGCGAUCAGAUCCUGCUUCCAAAAUGUUGGCUAGCUCCCUGGUUCUUUGUUCUACUGCAAAUCAUCUUGCACCUCACUUGGGUCCUCUCCAGAAAAGACCCCACCCCAUGACAUUACCACCAUACCAGGUGUUAAGUAUCAUUUAGAGCUCUUUUCAAUAGGUAGUGAGCAUGCUGUACAUAAAACACUGGCAGUUAAGUGGUUUAUUUUCUGUUACACUCCCAUCUAUUGUGUACUUGUGGAAACACAGGACUGGUUUGGGUGGAACACCAAAUGGAGAUUGGCUCCAUGCAGAUCUUAAAACCAGUUUGAUGGCCAUAGCCCA